AACAUAUUUAGAUCAAUGGAUGUCACAGAGAUUUUAAAUGCUCAUGAGGCCAAAGUUCAAUCAAUAACUGUUGAAAAGCCUGUGCCUCUUGGUUACGAUCUCAAUCUGUUAAGUACCUUUGACAUCAACCCUUUUGACGAGAAGAGGCUCAAGGAUAAAAGUCAACUUGAAAGCUAUUUAAAAGAAUUAACCAGAGACAAUACGCAAUUGUUAAUCAAUGAGCUCUUUAAACUUCCUGUGACAAGUUCAGACACAGGUGUACUGGCCACCUUACCAGAUAGAAAAACUGUGCUGCCCAGAGAGAAACCACUUCCCAAAGACAAGCCACUUACCCGAUGGGAGAAGUUUGCCAAAGCCAAGGGCAUCACAAACAAGAAGAAGGAGAGAAUGGUGUACAAUGAAGAAACUGGAAAAUACGAGCCUCGUUGGGGUUAUAAGGCCAAGAAUAAGGAUGAAGUUGCUGAUGAUUGGCUUAUUCCCGUGCCUGAUCAUGUCGAUCCUAUGGAAGAUCAAUAUCAAAAGGUUCGCGAGGCUAAGAAGGCUCGUGUGGAAAAGAAUAACAAGCGACAACGUCGAAAUCAAGAAGAAUCUGCUGCUGCUGUCAUAGCUGGAAAGAAGGAUAUCAAGGAGUUGAAAAAGACAGAGUUACAGGCUGCCAUUGCUGCAGCAAAGCAAUCAACUGCCAGUUUAGGCAAGUUUGAUAAGGCAGUUAGUGUGAAGAAGCCCAAGAAGAAGAGUAAAUAAACAAACUGUGUAAAUAUAAGCUAUGCUACCCUCAUCUUUAAAUUAAACGUUGUCCCCUUAUUCUUUAUAUCAUAAUAAAGAGGCUAU